AUGGCUUGUGAGCCGUAUUUGAUAAAAACACUUGAACAAUGUUUUUCUGAAAUCAUAAACUCGCAAAGUAAUAAUGAAUCACAUUUAGCUGGGAGUUCUAAGGAAAAUGAAUUCCGAAUUAACGCACCACUUAAAACUACUGAAAUUAUAUUGAAUUUAUGUUUACUAUCAGUAGUUGGACAAACAGCCUUUUAUCUGCACGCUAAAGCUAAAGAAUACGAAAGCUUACGUACUCAAAUUUUAUGGGGUUGUUUUGGAAACAAUGUCAACGAAAUUGAUUGUUUGGCAGAUAAUGAAUUGAUUGGCAUUUAUGCUAUUGGUGUUUUUGAUAACAUUCGAUUUUUAUUAAUAAUAGUUGAUGAUGUUGUCAUAGUUAUUGUAAUGAUAAGUAAUAUAAUGCAAACCCUCGUAAUGAAUAAAAAAAUUGUAAUUUUUACUUCAAUAAAUUUCAAUUAA